UCUGUUUUCUCCAAGUUCACUUUGCAACUAUACAUAUUCACACACGGAGAGAAAAGAUAAAGAUUCUCAACUAUAAUAAGUUCACUUUGCCUCAUCAUUGCAGAUUUCUUCAGCUUUCAACAAGAGAAAGGGAAAGAUGAUGCCAGAUAGUGAAAUUCAUCCAAGGAGUCAAGAAUCAGUUGAAAGUCAAGCAAGCUCUUACCAAGGAGCGAGUUUCCCGUCCCCAUUGAACGGCGUUGUAAUCUUUGUCAUAUCCACAUUAGGUGGAUACCUCCAAGUUCGAUUCCAAUCGAAGAACGUGUCGCCAUUCGAAGAACACUACCAGAUUAUGUGGGCAGCUUCUAUGGUGCUAUCCCUUUAUUCCAUCAUGUUGAUUGGUGAAUUCAAUCUUGAGGAACGUAAACAUAGCUUCGUUUCGAUUGCGAAACGCUUCACUGUGCUUAUGGGAGCUCUUGAGGCUGUGUUGCUCACUAUAAUCAUAAUGCCCUGGUUUGGGUAUUUGAAGUUGGUACUUUGGAGCAUUUGUUUUCUGAAAGCAACAUUGGCUUCCUAUGAAGAAAUGUGCCAAUGUUUUCAUCAGGUGUUUUCUCAAACCGUUGAUACCAUAAGAAGCUAUUUUAGCAGAGAAGAAAAACGCUUGCCAGUCUAG